GCUAUGUUGGGGAAGUUCAAUGGUGUGAUCUAGAGCAGGGAGGCCACGAUCUUAAAGCACUAUUGUUUUGUUCUUCGUUUCAGGAGGAGAAGACUAUGGAUUCGGGUUUUAGUACCAAUCCCCUACUAGGAUGCACAAUUAGACCCCUAGGCAUUUCAAGAAUAAUCUUUUAUUAAGAAGAACUAUUCCCACAACCAGAGGGACCAUUAGAGUUGGAGUUAGCUAUGGCAGCCUUCACAUGCAAUUCUGCAGAGCCAUGCUACAGUCCAAGGCUGGAGCCGAACAGUCAAUUGAAGCUUCUCAUGGAGCAGGUUUCUUAAGACAUGAAAAUAUCAUGCUCCAACAAUGACUUCUAAAUCCAAGCCAUUGCCCUCCUGACCCUUCCUUUCUCCGUGAAAUGGUGGAGGCUGUUCAGCGCUCAGCGAAGCAAACAAAAUGGGUUGAGCAAGUUUGUGCACAGAUUGCUCAAGAUUGCCUUCAUGCUACCAUACAAGAAGAGGAGGAGGAUGAAGGAGGCUACAAGGACAUUGUGGAGCAGACAGAAGUUGUCACGGAGAGCUCCCGUGAUGAUCAUGAUCAGGAAUAUCCUGUUAGAGGCGACCACACUUUUCUUCAUUACACCUCGAGUUUUGAAGAGACGCGCAUGAGCGAGGAGAUGCAAGCUAAUCUUAUUAAGAGCCUUGCAUGGCGACUUGCUCUCCGAUCUGUGCUGGAAGAAGAAGAGCGAGAGAGGGCGAGGAAAGAAUUUGUGCAUGAUGAUGAAAGUGAAGCAGAAGGAGUUCUUGAUCUUUUCCAAGGGGAGAGACCACAUUCAGAAGAAGCGAGAUUACUAUAUUCCGUCAAGAUGAAAAUGUGCCAUUGUUUGAAACAUGGGAAAGUUUUACAUCACUUCUACUCAAAUGUCCACACCACCGCAUCGCUGAUUGGUUGCAAGUGGAAAGUUUUUAUAACUGUUUGACAAGGGAGUCACAUAACCACAUCGAUGCGGCUAAUGGAGGUGCCAUCUGAAAUAAGGAAGUUGGUGAACUUCAAAGACUAAUUGAAGAGAUGGUCCUAAAUAGCUACGAUUGGGGUGGCAGAAGAAGAGGUAAGAAUUUGAAGAAGGGAAGUUUAUUAUAGAUUGAAGAACCAUCUUUGCUAGCGCCUCAUAUACAAGAACUCUCCAAGAAAAUUGAUAAAAUUGCGUCAUCUAUGAAAUGUGAUUGGUGUUAGGGGUGGAAAUUGAGGUGGGUGUGGUUACCCGCCCCACGUUUUGCGGGUAACCACACCCACAAAUAUAGAAUUAUGCUACCCACAACUCGCCGGGUUGGUUGUGGAUACCCACAAAAAUUUUAAAUUAAAUAUAAUAAUAUGGUAAUUAUAUAGUGAUGUUGUGUUUCUUCUCAAGCAAAAACAAAAACAUACAUUUAAAAAGUUAAUAAAGUGUUAAAUAAAUU